AUGGCGGCCGCCGUCGCGAUGGCAUGCAAGCGCCCGGCGCCCGACGGCUACGCCUGCUCCGCUGCUGCGCCGUGCAAGAAGCCACGGUUGCUGUUCACGAGCAUCUUCAACUACGAGAGGAUGGAGACGCUCGGGGCGGGCACGUACGGCGUCGUCUACAGGGCUCGCGACCGCCGCACCGGCGAGAUGGUGGCGGUCAAGUGGGUGCGCCCACUGCGUGGCCGCGACCAUGGCCAACCGGCCGACGUCGACGCGUUCGUGCGCGAACGCGACUGCCUUGCCGCGUGCCGCGGCUACCCGUCCGUCGUGCAGCUCAGGGACGUUGCCGCCAACCCGUCCAACUGGGACAUGUUCCUCGUCAUGGAGUUCGUCGGCGCCCGCAGCCUCCGCGACCUCAUCGUCGGCCGUGCCCGUCGUCCCUUCUCCGAGGCCGAGACCCGCGCGCUGAUGCGGCAGCUCCUCGCCGGCGUCAGGACAAUGCACGCCGCCGGCAUGGCCCACCGCGACAUCAAGCCGGGCAACAUCCUCGUCGGCCCGGGCUGCGCGCUCAAGAUAUGUGAUUUCGGGAUGGCCACCACGGCGGCGCCGCCUUACGAGAGAUUCAUGGUCGGCACGCUCCACUAUAACGCGCCGGAGCAGCUCACCGGAAAGGGCCAGUACAACGCCCAGGCCGUGGACAUGUGGGCGCUGGGCUGCGUGAUGGCCGAGCUCCUCACUGGCGGACCAGCGUUCACGUCAAAGACGGUGGAGGAGCACCUGCUCGAGCUGUCGGAGCUGCGGGACUACGAGGUCGGGUCCAAGGACUCGCUGGCGUUCGGUGGCCUGCCGGGGCUGUCGCCGGCGGGACGCGAGGUGCUCGCUGGACUGCUGGCCUUCUACGAGGACGAGCGGAUGACGGCGGAGGCGGCGCUGGAGCACCGGUGGUUCACGGAUGAGGACGACUCCCCUGCCGUCCUGGAGGGCCUCGCCGGCUUAGCUUAA